CUCAGAGAACCCUAAAACUCCACCUCUCACUCUCUCUCUUCCACAGCCAUCUAUAUAAACCCAUCAUGGCACACUGGCCAGGAAUUGCGUCCAAGACUAGAUGAUAGCCAAUUUUAUAGUGGACCAAUAUCUGGUGAGGAAAAGCAGAGGGUCUUGAAUUUUGUAUAGUGGCUCAGGGAUCUGUGCUUUGCUCAUCGUAAUCUCGAUUUCUGAUGGCGGAAUUUGUUGGGCCGAGGUUGUAUAGUUGCUGUAAUUGUAGAAACCAUGUUGCCCUUCAUGAUGAUGUCAUUUCUAAAGCCUUUCAGGGUAGAAAUGGUCGAGCCUUUCUGUUUUCACACGCAAUGAACAUUACAGUUGGGCCGAAAGAAAACAGACAACUCAUGACUGGUCUGCACACUGUUGCUGAUGUCUCCUGCUGCGACUGUCGUGAGGUGCUUGGUUGGAAGUACGAACGAGCCUAUGAGGAAACGCAGAAGUACAAGGAAGGGAAAUUCAUACUUGAGAAAUCAAAAAUCGUCAAGGAAAACUGGUAGUAUGUUUGGAGGCUUUUAGUUCAUCUGUCUGCAUGUCAAAUGUAAGUGUAUGGGAUGCUCAUGCUUCUAUUCAUCUUGUUCAGGAAAUCUCAUCAAUUGAAAAUAUCAAUUAUUGUUCCUUGUUGAGCAUUCAUUUCGUGUUCCUCAUGUGAAUAUUGUAUUGGGGAUGAUUGAUUUUGUUUAUAAAUUGUGAAUAACUCUUUCAGUUUAGCUUCUGGAAUUAAAUUUGAAAUUUUGC